UAUUGGUUCUUGUGGCGCGGGGUGCGUCGGGAGAUGUAGUCUCUCCCGCCCUGGCGCGGUUGCCGGGGGCAACGGUCCCCUCUGGCCCAAGUGCCGGGCGUGAGCGGCGGCGGCCUCCGCGGAUGGACAGAGUGGGAGGAGGUUGGCGGGGUCUGCAGGGUGGCGGCCGGGUUUUGCGACCAGGCUCCGGCGAGGAGAAUGGCUUCAACCAAAAAAAUCAGCCAUCCUGUGUGCGAUGUCUUUGGUGAUUUCAGUGAUAUUUCCUUGGAAGAUUCAAAGAUGGAAGAAAUCAGAAACUUGAAAAUCAGUAGAGGUCUUACCAAAAUAGCACCUAGUCCUAGCAGAUUUCUAAAAAGAAACCAAACUAUGGGUGAGAAACACUUAUUCCCAAAAGAGAAUGCUGUCCUGGGGAGGGAGCCCGGGCCCUCCUCAGGUAGACCCCUGGCCGCUGCCUCGAAGCUCAGGGCCCACGCCGCGCUCACAAAGCUGGCCCAGCUCGAAACCUGGAUCCUGAAUCGGAAGGUGCAGAUGGAUGUGUCUGCCGUGGACUCUGACCCGGAGACCUCCGAAGGCCGUCCUACAGGGAGGGCGGACGAAGCGCCCCUCAGUGCCGCUGAACGUUCCUCACAGAACACAGACAGCACCCCCCGGACGCAAGCCCAAGGAGCUCCCACCGCCAGGGGUGCUGCGCCGAAUGGGCAGGCCAGUCGCUUUCUAAAGAAGAGAGGCCCACCCGGGGAAAACACACCCCCUGGAGCACAGUUUGGGCAACAGAGGAGCUUUCAGACAUCCAAAGUGAAAGAACCUGUUAGAAAAUUGGAUUCUCCAGACAGCGAUGAAGAGGAAAUGAGAGAGUUGCUGGGAAGCUUGAUGGAAUCUUCUAGAGAAAAAGAAACACACACAAAUCAGGGUUUCACCAGCACCAAAGUCAGUGAGAAAGAACGAAUAAAACUAUUCCCGGAUCAGAUCCCAACUCAACUGAGAGUCCUUUCUCUACCCACUGAGGAACUUUCCAGCCCAAAGCCGUGGCAGACGUCACCUCUGCCAACCUCACAGUCAGCGGAUGGGACCCUUUGCAGCAUGCGCUCAGGAGCCCACUCCCCACAGACUCACAGUUCCGGUGACACGCACUUGCGCAUGGCGUCACUUUCUGUCACCAGCACCUUUUUGAAGAAGGCGCCCAUGGUGAUGGGGCAGGGCGGGCGCAUGUCCUUGCCUGGAAGCAGUGAGGCUGAGCCCUGGUGGGAGCCGCUCUCAGAAGCCUCUGAUGCCAGCUUGGACGAUUUUAGAAUAAACGUUCUGUCCCUCGAUGAUCUGGCUCCAGCUGUCAGUGAGAGAUCAGACUUGAAACAGAAGAAAGAAGGUCAGAGGGAAAAGGCACCCAGCGAAAGCCCCCAGGCAAGGGCGCCGCCCACUGGAAGCGAGGUCUCCGAGCACCUGAGCGAGCCCGCAGCCUCCUCUGCCCUGCCCAAGGGCACUGCCAGCCUGCGGCCCCCAGCUCAGCAACCCGCGGCUGGCCCAGCGAGCGCUGCUUAUUCGGAAGAUUUUGAAGGGUCUCCAAGUCCAACCACGUCUGAGCCGCCGGCCCAUUCUGGGGAGGCCCCCGACAGGACGCUGGACACCUUGUCUGAAUUCUCCGCCAGCCUGAACACCGACCUGCCCCCACCCGCGCCUGAGUCCCGGAGGAGGCGGCCCAGGGGCGGGCCGGGAGUCACGAUGAGGGAGACGGCCGUGCAGACUCUCGGCCCGGCUGGCACCGACCCGUGGACGGAGGCAGCUGGCAUGGCGGCCAUCCGACCAGCCCUGGGAGGCGCCUACGUGGACCCUGCGCCUAUCGCCAGUCACGUCGUGAGUGCAGACGCCAUAGAAGCCCUGACAGCUUACAGCCCGGCCGUGUUUGCACUCCACGACCUGCUCAAGCAGCAGCUCAGCCUGACGCAGCAGUUCGUGGAGGCCAGCCGGCACCUGCACGGGUCCCUCCUGCAGUCCCUGGACCGAGACUCGUUCCACUACCACACCCUGGAGGAAACCAAAGAGGUGACGGCCGACCCGGGAGGGGGGCGGGGCUCAGGGCCAGGCCUCGGCCAGGGCAGCAGGGACAUGGCGGCCCGGUCACCUUCGUCCUCGCAGAAGGAGCCUUGUUUCCUCCUCGUGCAGAGAAGAGGUGGUACGGCUGAGGGCACUGAGAGCCAGCCUGGCCAGGCAGAAGCUGGCUCAGCUUGUGUGACCUCAGACCAAUGGUGGCCUCCUUGGUGAGGGUCUUGUCCCUUCACAGACCCUUCCCAAGUGCCAUCCAGCAGGGGCUUCUCUCCUCAGUACAAGGGCCGAAACUUAAGGAAUGUUACACUUCUCUUUUUCCCUCCAAAAAUUUAAUUUUUGUCUGAUUACAAAAGAUACGUUAUUUUAUAAAAAUCUUGUUACAGAAAUAUGUAACUUAAGUCCUCCAUAAUUUCAGAGAUAACUGUUACCAAUCUUAAUAUAUACUCUUUAGAUUUUUAUGUAAAAUAUGAACUGUAUUAUGUAGAUGUACAAAUAUGUACAUUAUAUACAAUAUUACAUAUUGUAUAUAUUUAUACAGUGUAUAAAAUAUAUAUUACAAUGUAAUAGGUAUAACGUGUAAUAGUAUUAUGUAUGUUUCUUUAUAGAAAUGGCAUCAUACUAUAUGAACUGUUCUGCUUGGUGAUUUUUUUUUUCAUUUUAUCUACAAGUAUUUCUAAAGAAUAAGGACUUCUAAAAAAUUCACGGACACCACCAUUACCAUACUAAGACCACAUGCACUCUCCUGCAUGUCCGUGCAUAUCCAGUGUGAUUUCCACUUUUCGCAUGAAACUUGUCCAUUCUGUUCCGGUUUUCUCCUCAGGAUCCAGACAAAGCCCGUCUGUACACGGAUUGCUGGGUGGCUCUUUAGCCUCCUCCUGGGGCAGCGGUUCUCGGCCUGAGCGGCGUCAGACCUGCGGGGCCUGGGCCCACUGGGCUCUGUCGGCAGCAGGGUGUGCCUGGGAGCGGGUGUUUCUCCCAUGGGCCCACUGGGGACCCACUUUGAGAACCACUGCGCUGCAGGUGUCCCCAUCCCCAUCUCUUUCUUGUUUCCUUGCAGUUUGCUGAAGAAAACAGGUUGUUUAUCUGACAGUUUCCCCCAUUCUGGACUUUGCUGGCUGCACCCCUGUGGGCUCCUUGUUCCCACUAGAUGAACAUCAGUUGAUGGAUGCUGGCUGAAGGGACCUGACCACGUCACCUGCCUACAGCCCACCAAGGCUCCCCACUGUCUGCUACGGGCCCACGUCCUGAGAGUGGCUCCCAGGCCCUCCUCCCGGACGGUGCACUCUAAGGGCACCCCUGGUAGCCCCGUCCACCAGCCCCACGUGAUGGCAGCCACUCUUCCCUUUCGGACUCAUCAGGGCUCACCCCUUGCAGGGCAUCCUGCUGGGGCCUGCCGCAUUCACCUCUCCUCUUCUGUUCCCACAGCAUUGUCACCUGGCAUCCUGUCAUUUUACUUUUCUGUAGCCCAACUGGGAGCUGCUGGGGAUGGGUGCCGUCUCCAGCACCCAAAGCCUCAGGAGACUGAGGCAGUGGUGGUGGUGACGUGUCUGUCUGUCCUCUGCCCCACAGUACAUCAGGCGGCACAGGCCCGCCCCGCUGACCAUGGAGGACGCUCUGGAGGAGGUGAGGAAGGAGCCGUGAGCACCAGCAGGUGAGGCUACACUCCUGGGUCUGAUCUGGAGAGCUGGUUGGGUACACUGGCCGUGACACUCAUGCAUCAGUUUCCGGGUGACAUUCAGUGGUGGGGCAGGUGGCACCCAGGACUCACUCAAGCAGAAUCUCAGCUCCAGCCUUUUCUGGCUGAGCGACUGACCCUCCCAGUCCCUGUCCUGAGAGGACGCCCCACAGGCCAGGGGAAGUGGAGCGGAGGAGCACGCUCACAGCACAGGGCAGGACGGAGGAAGCCAGCCUGUCCAGAGCCCCACGGAGCGGCUCCACCUGGCCGAGUGCUGCCUUCCCUCUGAGCUGAGCUAGAUAGGGGAUGAGGACCCAGGGCCAGGUCCCCAUGCUGGGAACUCUGUGUGAGACGCCAGGGCAGAGCUUCUGACCCAGCUCCAUGACUCAAUUCUGCGCUCAGGACACACUGCCUCCCUGCUCGGCCCAGCACACCUCUGACUUAAAGACACAGAGAAAAGGUCUUUAAAAAAAGUCUUUAUUUGAAGGCAAAACAGUAAAAUCCACAAGAAAUUGUUAACA